GAGGGUGGUGGUAGGGCGGGGUUCCGGGAGCCGGUGCUACGGAAGCUUGUGCAGUUCAUAAUUCAUCUUCCUUGUCUUCCUGCUCCCGUUUUUCAGCUCUUUCAGGGCAAACUUUCCGACGUAAAUCAAGCUUGAAUGGUGCCAGUGAAUACUUGCUUGAUGACGAGGUCUUCACUGCUUUUCUACACUGUCUGAUAUGAUGGGACCAAGUCAACCAGCUUCCACCUGUGUUCACCUGACGUCCUGUACCCAAGUAGAUGGGACAAGUGACCCCAGGAAACUUCAGACCCAGAACCAGCUGCAGUUUAAUAGGAAUGUUCCUACACAUCCGAGCAACUUGGCUGUCCGAUAUUCUUGCCCACAUGCAAUUAGAAUUGAAAAACUGAAGCACUCAUAUAAUGAAUCAUAUUAUAAAGACUCAGAUUUUAGAGUUGGCCCUGACCUAAGCAGUUCUCUUUCAUUUUCUGUAAUAUCAGAAGAGAAACUUAGCUAUGCUGUCCACCUAGCCAAAAGAGAUGUAAAACGAAGACAAUUCGAAGAACUUAUAAAAGAACAUUAUCCCAGAAGUCAGCCCCAAAGUUCUCAGAAAUGUGGACAUACCAAGUAUAAAAUAUUUGACCACACAGAAAAGAAAGACUCAAAGAAUCAAGAAGUCCGUCAGUGUAGCCACCAGCCAUCUGAAGUAGGAAUUUCCAGCUCAGGUGCCAGAGUAUAUGUGUAUGCAUCUCAUCAUGAACAGCCAGAUCUUACCAUGCCAAAUUCGCCACCUACUCGUGAUCUAGAACCACAUCCACAGCCCAGGAUAAGUGACCACAAAAACUUAUGUGAACAGAAAAGCCUGCUAGAAGUUCAGCGACUCCAGAAAGAAUUGAGCAGUUGCAUCCAUAAAAUUGAAGAGGUAACUAAAAAAGGUAGACUAGAAGAAGCUUUGGAUCCUGAUGAAGAGCAGCGGAUCCGUGUCAGGAGACAGGAACAGACUGUUCGCUGUACCCGGAUGCUUUAUGUCCUCCAGCAACAGGUAAAAGAAAUCCAGGAGGAAUUGGAUAAGUUGAGUCCACAUAAAACUAAACACACUAAGAAGUCGUGGGCAGUUUCUAGGCUGGCAGCUGCCCAUCGAGGAGCCAUUCGGGCCUUACAGAUGUUUGUCACUCAAUUCACUGACCGAGGGGAGCACCCGGUUCCUGCUGGGUGUAGGGAACUGGGCAGUCUUAUUCGUCAGCUUUCACUUUGUUCUGCCAAGCUGGAUGCCAAUCCUUCCAUUCCUGAUGUGGUUAUAGAUAUCCUGCAACAAAUUGAGGCUUUGGAAUCUCUCCUGGAAAAGAAACUGUCACCAAAAAAGGUGAAGAAAUGUUUCAGUGGUAUUGAGAGCCGAUUUCCUAUUGGUAGCGAAAGGACCCUAGAAAAAUGGCCAAGGACAUUGCCAAAGAGUGAGAGGACACUCUGUGUAGCAAAGGAGACAUUUCCACAGGAAGCACGUCGACCUUUGGUGGCAAAGAAGCUUCUUGUUGAUAAGCGUCAGCCUGAUGCAGAGAUUCCAGUGACCCAGAGGUUGGAGAGUGAGCUUGAUGCAUUAGAUGUGGAUGUCCUUCCAGAAGAAGCCCCACUUAUUCCAGACCAAACUGUAAACUUCAAAGAUGAGGCAUUAGUCCUGGCAAAAACAGGAGCAAUGAAGAAGAAACCUAAGAUGGAAAGUGUGCCAUUUAGAAAGAAAGAUGCUCUGGAGCCAGCAAGACUACAGCAAGGACUUCACAAAACUGAAAGAAGUAGAGCAAGCCAAUCUCACAGCAAGAACAGGUUGCAUCAGAUGACAGUUUCAUCCAGAUUAAAAGUGAACCGACAGCCUAUGAGAGACCAUAGGGCUCCGUGGUUACCCUCAAACCCCACCUCCCCACCAGCAUCUCCUAAAUGUGCUGCAUGGCUAAAGGUGAAAUGUAGCCCCAGAGAUGCCACAGAAGAACAGUCUCUCCAGCAAGAAGGUGCUCCAGAGGAAAGUCAGCUGACGGGUGCCAUCGACCAUGAGGCAGCCAGGCUCACUUGGCUUGAUGCUGAGUCUUCUAAAAGACUGAAGGAACUAGAAGAUUUAAAAGCCAAAGAAAUGGGCAGAAUGCAAAAACAGAGGCUCGAGUGGCUUGACGCUGAAACUUCUAGGCGAACAAAGGAAUUGGAUAAAUUAAAAAGUGAAGAAAUCGAUAGAAUCCACAAACUAAGUGUUUCUGCUACCCAGUUUGCAGACAAAGUAGAGGCGGCAGUUCUGGAGCGUUUGAAGCCCCUCUUGGUCAAGGCCCAGAGAGUUAAUUCUUCUGUGGAAGCAAAUACUCAUUUGAAGGAUCAUCCAUCAUUGAACACAGCAGCAGCCCAGCCCGCAGAACAGAAUACUGCAGUUAAUUCUGAAUGCCACAGAAAAAGUCAUCAGCUGGAUGACUUUUUGGAAGACACUGCUCAUGAGCUCUGGGCUAUGACUCAUGAUAAGAACUUGGGGUCAAAAACCUUACACACCCUAGGGGCCAGUAAGGACAGCCCAGACCUGGAGACCAUGAUGCUCCGAAUGGAGGAAAUGGAAAAAUACCAGGAGACAGUUCGCCAAAGAUACAGUAAAAUUGUAUACGCUGAUCCUCAUUUAUGGAUGCAGGAAGAAAGAAAUGAUCAGAAAACCCCAGCAGUAAAUGAAAGGUCACUGCCUCCUCCUCUAAUCAGGAUCACAAAGGCAGCACUUGGCAAGGAUCCAGCAGUUACCAUCAUGUUAGAAAAGCCCUGCAAUGCCGAUUCCCUAGAUGAAAGUGUAGAAACAGAGAGAUCAGAGAGAAGAGAGACUCCCCUUCCCUCUGUUGCAGAAGACUCCCAGCAGAGGAAAGGCUGGACUCCCCUGUUUGUCCCACGCAGCAUGCAGCACAGCAUUGAUGACUACUGCAGCCGGUUUGAGCAGUACCUCCGGAUCAUAUCUCAUGAGGCUGUAGGCUCCUUCAACCCAUGGCUGAUAGCUGAAAGCUUUUCCGAAGAGCUGGUUGAUGAAGCCCUGGGGGCCGUGGCUGCGGAACUUCAGGAUGCAUGUGAAGACUACGCGGAAGCAGUGUUCACCUCAGAAUUCCUAGAGGCUGCUGCAUAAAGGCUGUCAACACAGGCCUCUCCUGUCACACUGGAGAAGGGCCCCCCCACUCUGCUGAGCCCACAGGAAACUGUCCUCAGCUGUCUGUCCAGGCCCAGAAGGUGGUGCCCUCGGAAUGAAGGAGAUGCCAGUGUGAUCUGUCUCACUGUGUCUUCUCUCAUCAUCACAGCAAUGCUUCUGGAAGCUUGUGAUGGGAUGUUUUAUUUUAUCAGUGCCCAGGAAACAUAAAUCAGUUAUGACAAUAUACUACUUACAAAAUGUACAAUUUUCCUAUUGAAAUAUUGUGUUCAUUUCUCUGGCUCAGACUGGUGAUCAAAAUGUUUUGAAAGGUAACAGAUAAACAUGUUUCACACAGGAUUCAAGGUGCUGUCAAACCAUAGUGGCAGUGACUCCAACACAAGUGUACUUCCUGUUCAUCCGGUCCCAGUGCCUGGCUCCUGAUUUCCAUCUUUGGCUGUGUCCUGUCAGGACACCUGUCCCUUCUGGAUUGGAGAUGCACACGGAGCAUAGACUUUGGUCCUGCUGCCAAACCUCUGUACUCAGGCGGCUAAAAAUAGCAACCCACUGGUGCACGGUGACACACACACCUUUCUUUAAGGUCCAGUCCCUGAAUGACUUUUCACAUUUUCAGUUCCUCAAAGUCUUAUUGCUGUAGGUUGACACAUUCUAGUAUAAAAAGCUUUCUCUGAAUUCAGAGGAAAAUAAAGGACAUGAAGAGAAGACCAGGCCUUCUCUAUUGGCCAGUAGAGGUAUGAAGUUCAGUCAGUCUCCCCAGAGACUAUCUCCUCACCACAGAGGACCCCCAGGUUGGAGAGGAGGAGACAGAGCUGGGUGGCACGAAGACCUGUGGGACUCCCCAAAGGAAGGAAGACACUUAAGAACCAUGGCGGCUCUGAUAUCUUAGAGGUCAUGGUAUCAAGGGAGAAGCCUCUGUUUUUAGAAACUCUGAAUUUAGAAAAAGAAAAAGAAUGUGCACAAAAAUAAGGCCCCUGCCUGGAAAAAGUUUCCCUUAAUUGUUUGCCUUAGGCUUGGUGAAAGAACUGUGAAGAACGGACUGCACAAGACAGACCCCAGGGAAUAAUGGAAAUCUUGUUCUGACACAGUGUUUUCUUUUGGGAUCAUUUCUGAAAUACGGGUAUUUCAGGUGACACUUUAAACUGCUUGGUUGUAUGUAUUUAUGAAAAAUUGAUUUUCAUUUGAUGUUAAUGUUUUCCUGCUUAGUUUUAUAGAACUUCAAGAUGUAAAGAGCUUGAAGAGAAUUAUAGGUCUUUAAUCUGGAGAAUUAAAUAUUUGUACUUGAACUGAGAAGAGACCUGUCAUUGUUAGUCAAAAGUAAUUUGUAUGGCAGUUC